AUGUCCACACUCUCCAACAACACACCCCAAAUAUCCAUCUUCGACAUCCCUCAUAUCCUCGAUCUCAUCUGCGAAGACCUCACUAAAGAUCAACUCCUCACCUGCCUCGACGUCUCCCGCACCUGGCGCACAAACUUUACCCUACAAGCCCUCCGCUACGUCCGCUUCUCUAACCUCAACAGCCGCCAGACAUGGACCGUCCUUCACAGCGCUGGACUCAUCCGGUCACUUACCAUUGAUAUCGCUGACGCGGGCUGGUUCUUGGAUAACGCCUUUGGAUCUUCUUAUUACACCAACCUACAGGAACUCCACUGUGUCGACUUUAACUACCUUCAAAAACCCAGGCGGACAAGGCAUUACCAUAUGCGACCGUCGAUUGUUGACCAAUCCCAGAAUGCGCUGCAGUUAAUCGAGUCCUGCCCCAAUUUACACUCCCUCGCGGUCGACCACCUCUCGCGCCAGUACCGGACUGACCAUUUCACAGAGGAUAUAUUCAAGUCUAUCUACACCCACACCUCGCUUACCACGAUCAAGAUUCAUCUGGAGAAUGUGCCCCUCGAGUUCUCAACCGUCCUCAUCAAGAGUCUUCCCGCAAACCUCAAGGACUUUGAGCUGUCUGUUUUGUGCUGGCUCCCCAGGGCUAGACAGUUCGGCCGGUUCCCUGCUCCGAGACAGUUUUAUCCUGAGGACGGGUAUCCAUGGCAGCAGCAAGAGCAGGGCUCUAUGGAAUCGUCGACAUUCUCGGGAGCUCGAACUUUGCCGCUGGAACGACUUGCUCUCGGUGGAUUGCAUGAGAGGCGAAGACCAGGAUGGGCGGUAUUGUUGGCAAAACAUACUGAGCCGGCGGUCGUCAUUGAUAAUGUCGUUCUGAACCCCGGACGCAACACGAGUUAUUAUUCCAAUGUCGGGUCGUAUAUCGGGAACGAGAUAGUCGAGUCGAUUGUGGGGCGGUCGACAGGGCUGCGACAUUUGGUCCUGAAGGAGUACAGUGGAUCAUGGAUCGAUCUCCUCCAGUUUUUACUCGACAACUGCCCAGAACUGGAAACCUUCGAUGUCUCAGAAGACAGCUACCACUUCUACAACAACUCUACCUCCAACGGUACUCAGCUGAGGGGGUCCUUUGCUGCGCUGAAAGAGUUCCGUAUGUCAGCCGCAAUAUCGAACCAGGUGUACAUAUCGGUGGCAAAGAUGGUCCUCCGUUCAGCAGCUACCCUCGAAGUCGUCCGGAUCGAUCGUAAUACCUGGGAUUCGACAGGAGAAGGCGCCCACCCCUUUCAUAUUGGCACCGCGAUGAGCUGGACUCAGUGUACACGACUCAAAGAGCUAGGGAUCUACCGAGACAGAGGGUCACAACAUAUGACGGACCACCCCUGGAACGUAUCCCCUUCAUUCUCGAUCUGGGAACCCAUCAAGGAUUACUCGACCGUGUUUGGACAAUUGGAGAAGCUGCAACUGUCGGUGAAGGAAUCUCUGUGGCGGGAGUGUCCCGAUCGAAACUACCAUUGGGAUGAGUACGAUUACCACCACCACCACCACCACCACCACCACCACGACUUCUAUAGCAUGGAUCUCGACGAGAAGGAUGACGAGGACUGGAAACCUCUGAAGGCUGUCGCCCAGACUAAGGAGGAGCGGACGCAAGAGCGCCAAAGACAACAGGUUGAGAGGAACCACCAACGGCCGUUUAUUCUUUUGGCGCGGGAAGUCUUCGGUCGUCUUAAGGAUCUUCAGCAACUGCGGGAGCUAGAGAUCCACUGGGAUGUGUGUUCGAGUAUCUCUGAGAUGUCGUUGGAGCAUGCUUUGGAACUAUUCCGUGAGACCGAGGUCAAUGGCAGCAACAGCAAUGGUGGAUACGAACGGACAUCGAAGGGCUGGUGGAAGGAAGUGACCCACGAAGACCUCAUCUGGCUCUGUCUCCCUUGGCUUUCCCAACCCCACCUCCAGUCUUCCACUGUGCCUUCACACCUCAUCAAAGCAGCAGCACGACAAUAUGAAAACAAGACCCGACUCCCCGCAGGUCCUCACGACAUCCCUGACUGCAUCAACGAACGAUCCCCCUGGUCCACAGGUGAUAUCUACAACGCCCGUGUAGGCCGCCAGUGGAAGGACUGGGACGAUAUCAACCAGGCCUGUCACCCAUACGCAGAAGCUUUCUCACUGAUUGACGAGUUGAACGCGUUAGUCUUGAUGGGUGUCUGGGGGUGA